AAUAAUAAUAAUAAUAAUAAUAAUAAUACCUCUGCUGAGAAUAUUCCCUUUAAUCAAUCAAACAAAUCGCAUCAAUUUUCAAAAACGGAAGCUCUUCUUGCUCGUCGUCGAAGUCGAUUUCGUAUUUGGGUAGAAGAUGGUCGAAUCUGUAUUUGGGCUAGUGCAGCCUAUGCUCGCCGUGGAUGCCUUAUUCUAGCUCAGCAAUUAACGCAAACUGUGGAUAGCAAUGUAUUGCCUAUUCCGCGUGCAUGGAACUAUCGUGGUUUGCUGCGCAGUGGAUUAACUGUUCCACCACCUAAUCGUUUAAAUGAUGUAUUUAUUGUAGAACGUGAUAUGCCUUCUUUAGGUUUAUACCAGGGCGAUGUUUUGCGCUGCAGCACAACACGUGAGAUUGCGGAGCGUCAGCAGCAUGGAGUUGCUACUGGUCUCAUGAUAAGAUCACCGGAUGCCAAAUCGGUGGAGGGUAAUUUUUCACAUAUGAAGACAAAUACACAUAGUGUUUCUCCAACUACAGAGUCUACGGAAUCCCCUGUACAACCAAACUCCCCAGCGAAUUAUUCUAGUAAUCAUGCUAGUAAUAUCCUUCUACAGGAUCCUGGUGAGGCCCCUAAUGGUGCCUUUUGGGUACAUAUAUCCUAUGAGAGAGAUGGUAUACAAUCUCAAUUACCGGAACGUCGUCGCCGUAGUAGCGGUAUGGAUUCCCAACAACAACAACAACAACAACAGCAACAGCAGCAACAACAACAACAACUUCAAGAUGGAGUAUCCUACCGUUCAAUCAAUAUAGAGGAGGUGCUUCUCUCAUGGAUAAAGAGUAUUUCCAUUCAGACCAGAGAUGCGGCGGAGACGGAUGUGCAUUGGGUGCGUGAGCCCUCGACGGGGGCGCCUGUGCGGGUGGACCGGUACGUGAUCCGCCGGGUGGAGCACGACGGGGUGCGGUACUUCAUUGGCGUGACGCCGCGGUUUGUGGGGCAGCAGCGGCGACUGGAGAAAGUCCUCGACGAGGUGAAGGCCCUCCACCCCAAUCACACCCUCUCAGAGGCAGAGGAGGGAGAGGAGAACCGUGGGGAGGAUCCCCAUCCUCAUAAUAAUAAUAAUAAUAAUAAUAAUAAUAAUAAACAAGAAGGAGAAGAGGAAAAGGAAAAGGAACAACAUUGUAGAGAAUAUGACUUGUCCCUAUAUGUGUCUUGUGGUAUACCGCAGAUUGAGGAUGAGGAUGCGCCUGAACGUGCGGCAAUGGCGCAGGUGCUUAGUACACCUUCUCCAAUGUUUGGGGAUGGGUAA